UGAUUCUCGUUUCCGCUUUCUUGUUCCGGAAAUAUAAUGUUUUGGGGCGUUAUUAUUAAAAUUGUGUUCAUAUAAAUUGCCGAGAACAGCCGAUAUUAGUACAUCUCUGUGGUUUUUAAAUUUUAUUUAAUUCAAGCACGUAGAGGGAGUUCGGGAAAAAAUAAAGAAAAGAAGAAAAAAGAUUCAGGCACUGGAUUAAACAAAGGCGGGUUUGAAGAUGGAGCCUGUAACGUUUCCGAAGCCGACAUCUGUUCAAGAUCAAGAAAAGUCCUGCGAACUGGAACCGCUCUGUGUUAAAACAGAGGUGCUGGACCCGGAACUCGACCAGAUUGCAGGGGACAGGAGUGAGCUGGGAUUUGUCCGGGUCAUAGCGGCCGAAGAAGAAACUCAGUCCUUUCCGUGCCCUCAGUGUGCAAUCUCCUUCACUGGAGUGCAGCACCUGGAGAAACACAUUCUGAAGAGGCACCAGGAAUACGCGAAGACACUGAAUCUCCGCUCGUUAAAGAAAGAUCAGCCAAAGAGACAGAGCCCCGCCAGCAAGCCACCGUACGACUGCGCGGUGUGUGGAAAGACCUUCUCCAAGAUGGGGAACCUCAAGCAGCACAAACUCAUUCACACGGGCCAGACCCCUUACCGGUGCUCCGACUGCGGGAAGAGCUUCAGGCAGUCCUCCGCCCUUCAGUCCCACCAGCGGGUUCACACAGGAGAGAAGCCGUAUCACUGCUUGGAAUGCGGGAAGGAUUUCAGGGAGUCCGGGGCAUUGGGCAAACAUCAGCGGAUUCACAACGGUGACACCCCUUUUCACUGCAGCGACUGCGGGAAGAGUUUCAGGCACUCCCACAGCCUCAAAUCGCACCUCCGCAUCCACGCGGAGGAGGUGCUGUGCCGCUGUGAGCAGUGCGGGAGGGGGUUCAAGCAGCUGGGUCAGCUGAAAACCCACCAGCGUACUCACACUGGAGAGCGGCCGUAUCACUGCAGCGACUGCGACAAGAGCUUCAAGCACUCGCACAACCUCAAGACGCACCAACAGAGCCACAACGAACAGACCCUGUUUCUGUGCGUUGAGUGUGGAAAGGGUUUCAAAGACUUUGAAAGUCUCCAAGCCCACCUGCAGGCUCAUAUGGGAAAGUAGAAGCCAGGGCUUGUUCUCUGCUGCCUAGUGCAGGGGUGGCGAAUGCUGGUCCUGGAGAGCCACAAUCCAGCAGGUUUUAUAGGAAACCCUUAAUCAACAAUUUCUGAAGAAUGUACAUUUCAAUUUAGCAAGUUAAUUUGUUCAGUUAAAUGAGGAGGGGUCAGCUGUGGUCCAUGAGAGCUACGUGAUGUUCAGGUUUUCGUUCCAAAUUCUCUCUAAAUUACUUGUACUAAUUAAACAAAUGCUUAACUAGUCAGAACAAAAUUGUUGCAAGUCUUUAGAGAUUGACUGUUUUAAAGGUUACCUGUAAAACCCACUGGAUUGUGGCUCUCUAGGAGAGCCUGGUAAUAAUUUCUAUGAAAGACCUGUUUCAUUAAUUUAGAAACCUGUGUGUAGAAGACACUUGCUUGAGACGCAUAAAGAAUUAGUAAUUAUUUUUUAAAGAAUUGAUUACAUUUUUACAUCUCCAGUUUGAUUUUGAGCAGCACUGUUUGCUCACUCAACCUGCCCCAAGAGUGCUUUGCUACCUGUUCAGCAGAGUGAGACCUGAGUGAUCUGCUUGCACAGGGAGGGGAGGGCAACCAUGGGAACAGCACUGCUCAUCAAGAAUGGAGUUUGGUACAGGGUUUGCUACAGCUUAAAGGAUUGAAGUCAAUAAGCCCUGGAUUUUGACCUGGAAAUAUUGAUGAAAAGUAGACUCGGUAUAACCAUAGCAGUUUUUGAGUUAUCAUCAUUUUUUCCCUGUAUGACCAUGCUUUAAUGCUGAAGUUCGAUUCAAUAUUUCACAUAGAAUGCCGCUUUCGAGCUGAGGUGGCAUUCUAUAUAACUCCCGUACAUUAGUAGUACAUACUGCUGUAUACGAAAUAUCAAACCACCGCCCUUUCGUUUUCACAAAAAGCCAUGUUGUCCUUCUCAAAACUUAGUUUAGUAAAAUAAAAUGCCGAUUUAGGAAAAUCAACCUGUUUUUCAAUAGGUUGACAGUUGAAUUCUUGCAGAAUAAAAUCUGAUUGUCUCAAUAUUAUGUGUUAUUUGCUUUUUUUUAACCUAUUAGACUAUUUAAAUAUGUUCGGCAGACCUGUCUCUUAUGGUAUUUGCCUAGCCAAAGUCUUUCUCCAUUUUCAAUUAGACAGAUUAACUUACAGUAGUCUUAUAC